CCCCCAUGUGACAUCAUCCUCCCUUGGCUCAGCUGCUUUGGCCUCCCGGGGUUGCAGGUGCUAAUUUGGGAGCCGCUGGGCCCUGACCUUAUUGAGUGCCAGCAGCAGAAACAUGGGGCUCUGGAGCUUCCUCCUGGUGGCUCUCCUGGCUCUGGGGACUCAGCUGCCUGCUGCCUCUGGCUGGAAGAAGGGAGAGAAGUGGGGGAGCUGCCCGCCUGAUGAUGAGCCCUGCCUCCUGUCAGUGCCCGAUCAGUGCGCUGGUGACAGCCAGUGUCCUUCAACCAAGAAGUGCUGCUACCGAGCUUGCUUCCGCCAGUGUGUCCCCAGGGUCUCAGUGAAGCUGGGGAGCUGCCCCGAGGACCGGCUGCACUGCCUCAGCCCCACCAGGCACAUGUGCAGCCAAGACUCCGACUGCAUGGGCAGGAAGCGGUGCUGCCGCGGCGCCUGUGGCCGGGACUGCAGAGACCCCGUCAGAGGCUGAUUCUGGCUGAAGACCUACAGUUCUGCAACUCGGGUGGAGUUCCCGGGGACCGGCACCCACAGCGACAUCCCUCCUGGAGGCAGUUUCAAUCUUCUGAUUAACUGACCUGCUGUCACCGCCCUGCAACCCGUGGCCUCUGGCUUGUCCCCCUGGAUGCCAAGGUCCACAGCCUGAAGGUCCACACCAGUCGCAAGCACUCCUCUUCGUCUCCCUAGCACCCGCAGCCACUGCCACACUGAGCUCCUCGUGUCUCUGCACGUUCUGUUUCCUCCACCGAAACGCCCAGCUCCGGCAGGCCUGAGCCCACCUGCAGCCUCCAGAUGAAGUCCUCGCAGGAUUUCCCAAACGUUGGUCCAUUCACAUAUCUUUUCCCAAUUCUUGCCACACCUGCAAACCAGCACGGUGACGUCUCACAUGCUGCCUCUACCGUGGACCUCACGUCUUCUUUAAAUGACCCACUUUCAACUUAUUUCAAGAGAAAACUCGAUAUCACUGCUGUAAAUGAGAGGCGCAAGAUCAAUGGCCACAAGUCGAAUGUAAUUGUGAAAACAAAUGCAAUGAAAAUAGUUCAGGUCCAUUAAAUUAAAUCGUGUCCAAUAAAUCAGAUUAUUAAACUCGAGCUAGAUACGGCCACCCGCCAAGACUGAACGGGAAGCCUGCUCCCUGUCUCUGUUUUAAUAAAUGGAGAUCGGCAAGGGUUAAAGAGAAA